UCGCUCUUCAGAUCAAUAAACGCUCCAACUCUUGACCUCUCCGGCGCACUUCGCUCUUCUACUCGUACCCCAUUGGUCGCCGCAGGUGCAACACUCGCUGGUGUUUCCCUUUUCAGAAUGUCUUCUACCUCUCCUCGUUUCGCUUCACUCUCUAUCUCAGCUUCUGCUUCUGAUGAUAACCACUUACCCAUCAUUCGUAAGAAGGAAGUUGUGUCUACAGAUAAAGCACCACCUGCUGUAGGACCGUACUCUCAGGCCAUCAAAGCCAACGGUUUCGUUUUUGUUUCAGGUGUUCUUGGACUUAUACCUGAGACUGGAGAGUUUAUAUCGGACGACGUUGAAGAUCAGACUUACCAGGUACUCAAGAACAUGGGGGAGAUAUUGAAAGCUGGUGGUGCUAGUUACUGCGCCGUGGUAAAGACAACCAUCAUGCUUGCUGACUUGGCUGACUUCAAGAAAGUGAACGACAUAUACGGCAAAUACUUCCGAAAUGAUCCUCCAGCAAGAUCCACAUAUCAAGUGGCGGCUUUGCCACUAAAAGCCAAGAUCGAGAUCGAUUGUAUUGCAGUACUCUAGAUCAGCCUCAAUCUCUGUCAAAAUAAAUAAAGAGGAAACCAUGGUUUGGGGGGGAUUAUCUUUAUCAAUUCAUUCUUAACGUACUUUUUAUUUUGUUGCGGAUUAUAAACCAUUAGGUUGGUUGCAAAAUCUAAAGCCCCUUUGGCUUAAUCAAGAAUAAGUGAUUUCCUGUUGACUUGAUAUGUAUUUGAGUACAUUAUUUGAUAAGAAACCCUUUAAAUUAUUUGAGUU